AUGAAUCCUUCUGAAGAGAGUUAUCGGGUCAUUGCAGAAACAGACAGAGAAACUUCUCCGUCAUCACACACUACCACAGCCUCUGAUCAGCAUUUCGAAGAUCUAUUCGUGGAACAAGAGGAAUGCAUGGACAGAAACGGACUCGAUGCACCAGAUUCAGAUAGCGAAUCAGACUGUCAGUCGCUGAGCGAUGGCGAGUACUCCGAUGAUGGCUCUGAGUCGGAGAUGAGAGAAGAGGAUCAUCAGGUCACGCUGGAGCCGACUGCGAAAUCCAAAUCCCAGCAGAGAAAGAGGGCCCCAAGACGAAAGAAUGCCAGGGAUUACGUCAAUGGGGUGGUGAACGAGAAUAUCCUGAGAAGCCUGAAAAAAGAGAUACAAAAGGAAAUCGCCAAGAAGAGGCCGACCAGUCAUGAAGCUUUAGACAUCGUGCCUCCCAAGGCCAAGAGGCAAAGACGGACACGAAAGAUCAGCGCAAAUACAGCUCAGUCAACUGACCACAAAUCCGCCCCUCAAGCAUCUCCAGACAAUUCUGAGAGUGUUUUCAUUCAAAUCCCUCUCAGCCAAAUGAAGAAAGUCACAAAUGCACAAAGGCAGAGGGAGAUCACCCGGAAGAAGAACACCGGCAGCAAUAAUAGACGAAGCGGAACUCAGGCGGCAGACCUCUUGGAGGGCAUCAAGGUCUUCGGACAUGGCAAGGUCGAGUGCCUCCAAGUUGGCGAAGAAACACGGUACGGCCUUAAAGGCAUGGCCGAGACCACAAAGCUUUUGGAGCCCCAAAUCGGCCCUAUUGCUUGGAUGGUAAAGAGAGAAAACGGUCUCGCGCCACCUUAUGGCGGUGUCCUGGCCGACGACAUGGGAAUGGGGAAGACCGUGGUGUGUCUGGCCGGAAUCGUGGGUAAUCCUCCCCCUGAAACCCCCUCGGACGGCUUCUCUGGAGCGACGCUAGUCAUCCUGCCUGGAGAUACCACUGUCAGACAAUGGCAGCAAGAAUUAUCCAGACAUGUGGAAUGUAUUAGUCUCAAAGAGGCUUAUUAUUACAAACGCAACAAUCAUGCAACCUCUGGUGGCGAUAUUUCGCGUUACAAGAUCGUUUUCACAACUUACAGGGAGGUGUUGCAAAGCCUCCCUACUCCUGCGAUCAUGAAGAAGCUUGAGGAAGACCGCGAAGCUGAUGAAAAUUUCGAUUAUGACACGGCUUUCAGAGCUGUAGCUGGCGAAAUUUUCUCAGUAAUGUGGUACAGAGUCGUGCUUGACGAAGCCCAUGAAAUCAAAAACAUAGCCACGAGAACCUUCCAAGCUUGCAACCAUCUAACGAGGAAGUACAUAUGGCUUCUCAGCGCGACUCCUUUGAUCAACAGAGGAGGAGACGAGAUGUUUGCCUAUGUCAAGACGCUCCGAGUUGAGGGUAUGGACACACGUGAAGAUUUUCGAGAGAAAUAUCUGGGAGAGGAUAACUCGACUGCACUUGACGCCCUGAUCAAUGUUUGCACGUACAGACGUACCAAACAAGACGAAUUUCUCGGCGAAAAGAUUCUCAAGCAAUUGAUGCCCUUCAAAUCUGAAGUUAGAUGGGUAAAGUUGUUUGAGCAAGAGAGACUGGCCUACGAUCUCAUGACGGAGACGUACGACAAGGCCAAGGCUGAGGCCGACACCGAGACUAUCAGUGCACUGAACAUUCGUCAGAUGCAGAUUAUUUCCCACCCCUACGGCGUCGAAAAGGCCUUUAGAAAUGACUUGGAGCCCGAGCUACUAAAAUUCAUAUUUAAUGGUUUGAGUACACGACCCAUCAAUGACGGCCCGACAAAAGGUGGCUUUCCAACUGGAGAACAUCUCUCCUUGCCACAGCUUCUGCGCUAUGCACACAAUGAGGCCUUAAUGAGCCCCUGUAAAUGCGGCAUCUGUGGGACAGACAGCAUUGAAGAGCCACACAUGAUCAACACAUGCAGUCACGUAUUCUGCCGUAAUUGCCUUCUGGGCACUUGGCAAUUCAAAGCGCAAGAGGGCACUUGUCAAGAGAAGGGCUGCAAAGUCGCCUACGAGAAGGAGACCGAUGUCAAGAGAGUCUUGACGCUCAAUAGCAUGGAAGCAGAAUGUGACAGACAGGACGAGACCGAAGCCGCGACUCAUGCUUCAGUGUCAAGUCAGACCCCGUGUUCUGGAAGAGGAGCGAAGAAGAAGAGGGCAGCCAAGUCUUCACGGGCCGCGAAGGACAAGCAAGCAAAGGAAUUCAGCAACAAAAAGUACGGGGCUGAUUACCACGGCGUGCUCCCGGCACUUGAUGUUGACGACUAUGCCUUCAUCAAACAAGGCAUGCGAGAGAACGGCGGCAUUGUGCCCCUGGGCGCGAAGCUCGAGGUGGCCAAGGAGCUGAUCAUGCAGUACCAGGACGAGCGAAUCCGGCUCUGGGAUGAGACUGACAAGACGCGGAAGAGAUAUGAUAGUCAAAGCCCGAAGACUAUAGUCUUCCACGAGUUCACCAAGACGGCCGUGAUUUUGGGUAUUACACUGAACGCUCUUGGUAUCCCCUUCGUAUAUCUCAACGGAAAAGUGACUCCGACGCAGAAGAACAAAGCCAUUGAUGCCUUUCGUGACAACAAAGACAUCAAAGUCUUGAUCUCAUCCGUCAAGACCGGCGGUCAAGGACUCAAUCUGACUUGUGCGAGCAAAAUCAUCCGCGUAGACGCCUGGUGGAAUGCGUCAGUCGAACAGCAAGCCGACGGCCGGGUCCACCGCAUCGGCCAAACGCAAGUCGCCUCGUCGGUCGUCAUCAAAGCCGAGGACACCAUUGAUAACCGCAUUCUUGAUAUGCAGGAAGAGAAGUCGGAGGAAAUCGCUCGCAUUCUCCAGGAUGACGCCCACGAAACCAAACUCUGUAGCGAAUUGGAGCUGAUCAAGUCGACGGCACCGGCGAGAUACAAAGAGCUCGUCCGGAUGGUGUUUGAGGCCAUCAGGCGGGAAGAUAACGAAGCAGACAGGCUCUGA